UCACCACAGCAGAGUAAAGCAGUAUCACCAACUGCUUUGCAUGAUUUACAAGUUGCAAAGACACUUCUUGAAGCUGAAAAGGAGAAAGUUAAAAGUCUUCAGGAAACAAUAAAACAUCUUCAGGCAGACAAGGAAUUCCUGAAAGAUCGACUUUCCCGAAUGACAGCCUCAGCUUCUAGCCAUUCGAGGUCAUCAAGCAUUUCAGGAUCAUCUACAGGUGCUCCAAAAGGAAAAGGAAAGAAGACUAUUGAAACAGAGGAGGAGGAGUCAAGGGAUGAGGUAGCAGUUCUCUCCACAGAAUCAUCAACUAUUGAUGACUCAGAUGAUGAGGAGAUGAAACCUCCUUCAAAAGGAACGAAAGCAAGAUCAACAAAGCAAGAUGACCUGGGUCGAACUCGAGCAAAAACUGUUGGCGGAGCAAUAAUACGUUACAAGCGUGCCGUACAUGCCUUUAACCAAGGUGGCUCGAUGAAGAAGGCUUUCCAGAAAGUGGGGGUGGAUCGCAGUACCAUCUCCAGGACAUCACCAAUUCCUGAGCUUGCGAUAGCAGCACCUGGUGUCUUUCAGGCCCUUUAGUGCCUGUUUGAUGUAAAUCAUUUUUAAUGUAAAUCAUCAAUAAAUGAUGACCUGUUCACCGUA